GGGCGCGGCCAUUUUGGCCACUCUGCCUUACACCAGCUGUCUGAGACUUCCUGUGGGCGGGCAGAAGUGCCCUGGCCAAAACAAAUUCAAAAAACUUUGUUCCCUGACCUCCGCUUUUUCUUAGCUCUUCUGCUGUCCUGUAUUCACUUUUCCUGUAUUCACUCUUGUGUCCCCUCUCCCCACGUGUGCUAAAGGCACCCGGCAAUGAGCAGCGGGUGAAGUUUGCUGCUGUAUCUCCAAGUGUGCCAGGAGUUUUCAGUUCCCCAUCCCUCCCGAGUUCUUAAUUUCCUCACUACAGGAAACUGCUUUGCUAAGGACCAGCUUACGCUGAUUUAUCAUGGCAUCCAACAAAUUUGUCAUUAAGUGUGGGAACUUUGCUGUCUUGGUGGAUGUUCAUAUUUUGCCUCAAGGUUCCAGUAAAGACACCAGCUGGUUUUCAGAUCAUGAGAAAGAGGAGGUCUGCAAGUUGCUAGAAGAAGUUGUUGCCUCAAGGGUCAAACACUAUUUGGAGGCACGUAAACAACGUGGUCAGUGGAAACCCACGGAACAUGGAUCAUCCGGGCCUUUGUUUCUUACUGCCAACAGUUUGCACAUUACUGCCUACUUUAUGAAGAGAUGGGUUAAUCUCCGUUGUGCUCUAGGGAAACGUUAUCGUGACCUUCGUGUGUUUCCAGAGAAAUUUAUCGUGUGUGUCAGUAAACUUGACUUCGAUCCAAGUGCUUGGACAUUUGACAGUGGUGGAUUGAAAGAAGAACUUUCCAAUGGGACGUCUGAAUAUUUUACUGAAUCAGCUGAGAACAAGAAGCUUAAGAUUAGUCUGAGUGAGCAAAUUAAGCAAGACAUCCUGAGAAAAAUUGUGAAGAGGACAAAACCAAGGAGAAGUAGUGCAAGCAAACCUCAAAUCAGCAAGGACUCCAAGAAAGUGUAUCUUGGCUCGGCAGACUCGCAGACAGAGAACAGAAAGAACGACUGUCAGACUUUUCUCAGUGCUCGGUCUGAUGUGAAACGUAGGAGUCCAGGCCUGCUGAAGGACUGCACAAACACAGCUGAGAGCAGCUUGGAGCUUCCUGUAUUAGAGCAGAGGAAUGAUGUUAAUCGGAGACAGCCAGAUGAUGUUCACAGCCAGCAAAAACCUCACCCUCUGGAGUGGUUGGAGGCCAGUCUUCUAAGUGAGAACCCUCCUUGCAGCUCUGAGUCAGCACUGCCAGCUCCAAAACAGAGAGUGACCGAAACACAGGCUCAGCUGAAGACCUGUGGUUCAGAGGAAAAGUUGGAGCAUUUCACAAAAGUGUCCUCUGAAGGGACUCCUUUAGCUUCUAUCAAUACAGAAAUGAAUAAGUGUGAUGAUAAUUGUUUGGGUCCAUUCCUGGAGGAGAAGAUACCUCUUAAUUCCAGGUUGUUUUCAAAGCAAGACAUGACAAAGACUGUGAUUGACAAGAAAUCAUUGACUUUGAGAAAAAACCCUUCCUGGUCUCUUUUUGUGAGCAACAGUGGAGUGCAGACAAGCCAAGAUGAGCCAAGCACAGCCACUGAAGAGCUGCCUGCAGUGCCAGCUUCAUGUGUAGAAAUGCACCCCAUGUCUUCAGAGAAGCUUUCCCAAAAAAGAAAAAAAGAAGUGGAAAAUGGUCUCGGGAAGUUAAAACUGCGAAGACUGAAGAAGUCAAAAUCUGAAAUACUGCCUUAAUAGCAUGGGUAGUCAGCCAAGGUUGUGCAUAAGCAAAGAGUAGGAAGCAAUUCAAAAUGAUGAAAAAUAAUAAAAAUACGAAAUCAAAAUUAGAGAACACAUUUUAAGAAAAUUUAGUUAAUCUUAGUCAUUUGGUACUGUGAUAAAGUCUUUAAUAAUUAGUCAUUAUUAUUGCACAAGUCAGCAUCAUAUUUAUAGAAAGAAAAAUCUCUUACAAAAUGAUAUUUACUAAGCAAAAUUUUAGAUUAAUACAUAUUCAGUGCUAGUAAAAAGUCGUAUCAGCUGGUGACAGCAGAAGUUCAAACCCCUUGUGUGAUCUGUUAGCAGCUGCAGUUAUUUGGUAUCUUGUUUGUUUCUGAACAUAUAGUUUAUUUUAGUGAUAAUUAACCCUUUCUCUAUAUUAGAAAGUUCACGGUUUACUCACGUGAUCUUUACAACAAUAAAGCAAAUUAAAUUGAUUUCAAAUAACUCUUUAACCAGGAUUACUAGCUAAUGAUUUGAGGCCCACUUUUUCAGAGAAGUUUCAAAAUAACUGUUGUUUCUGCUUGUGUAGUUUUGAUAGGAACAUUUCAUUUUGGCCCAUGUUGUGAAUAUGCAUCAUCAUGCAUUCAGUCUUGGGGAAAAAUGAAGGUUGUUUUUACAUAUUUAGAUUUAUAUAUUUACACCUGGAUGUGCAAACAUUGUUCUUGGGUGAAGUUCCUAUAUAAACAUGUAUACACAUCUUCAUGGAUAUGUGUUUCAAAAUCAGGCCUUGCUUGCAUGCAAGGGCAACACACUGGUUUUCAUGUGGUAGUAAUACCAGAAUUAAAUCUUAUUUUAAGAUAAAUUUUAAUUUCACAGUGCUUGUUCAUACUGCUUCUUAAAUUUAAUGCCAAUGAGCUAAGGAAAUGUACCUUUUUUAUUCCAUGCUUAUCUUUUUUAAAUGUGUAAAAUAAAUUUAUAAGCCCUU